UUGCUUCGAGUCCCCUCCACUCUGUGCUACACUCCUUGUGUUGUCACCCGAACCGGGAAUUGUCUGUACUUCAGGAACAAAGUAGUUCUACUACCUGCUGAAAUGGCACCCAAGAAGGACGCUAAGGCUCCCGCCAAGAAGGCCGAACCUGCACCAGCACCCGCACCUGCACCUGCAGCCGCGCCAGCCCCUGCUCCUGCAGCUCCCGCUGUCGACCUGUCCGCCGUCAAGGUGGAAUUCAGUCCAGACCAGAUUGAGGACUACAAGGAGGCCUUUGGUCUGUUCGACAGGGUGGGUGACAACAAGGUGGCUUACAACCAGAUCGCCGACAUCAUGCGCGCUCUGGGACAGAACCCCACCAACAAGGAGGUGACCAAGCUGCUGGGAAACCCCUCCGCUGAUGACAUGGCUCACAAGAGAGUAGAGUUCGAGGGUUUCCUGCCCAUGCUCCAGACCAUCAUCAACAGCCCAAACAAGGCAGGAUACGAGGACUACGUUGAGGGUCUGCGCGUCUUUGACAAGGAGGGCAACGGCACAGUGAUGGGUGCUGAGCUGCGUAUUGUCCUGUCAACACUGGGAGAGAAGAUGACUGAGGCUGAGAUCGAUGCCCUCAUGGCAGGACAGGAGGACGAGAGCGGCGGUGUCAACUACGAGGCCUUUGUCAAGCACAUCAUGUCUGUGUAAGGACCCUGCCACUGCAGUGGUGACCAUCGUAUAUGUGCAGACCCCAUGGUGUCACGACAUCCACUCACUGUUUCCUGAGGAAGCAGGGGGGAACAAAGGACUAUGAGAUGUCAUUUCCUGAAACCUUUUGUUUCGUUCUAAACUUUUUUUUUUUCUCUAAUGUCCAACUGGUGCUUUUUUUUCCUCUCCUCCUCUUACUCUUCCUGCUGUUCAGGAAGCCAUCCCGGUUUCCCAUGAGAUAUUUCUUUACGCAUCUUCACUCUAGUCCUCCCGUCUCAUUGGGUUUUUUUCCUUUCUUUUUUUUUUACGUCACUGGUCUUCACAGUGGAACAGUGAUGGAGGGGAAGGUGGGAUAAUCAUUAUCCCCUCCUGUCACUUUACUGUCUGGCUGGCUCUCUAUCUGCCAGUGAAGUGACUGGUCUGGCCCAGGACUGGCCGUCAAAAUGAAUCCACUCCUCACCCAACCCAUCCCUAAGUCUUAACUUAUUGUUUCCUCUGCCAUUUCACAAUAAAAUUUUCACUAACUCCCAUUUUA